AUGGAUCUAAAAACAACCUUUCUAAAUGGGGAGCUUGAGGAAGAAAUCUUCAUGGCACAACCUGAAGGUUUUAUUGAAGCAGGAAAAGAAAAUGUGAUCUGUGAAAAAAAUCUUGUUGAUGAGUGUGUUUAUGUUAAAGUAGUUGGAAACAAUUUUAUAUUUCUUAUCCUGUUUCAGUCAAAUCCUAGAAAUGAGCAUUGGAUUGCUGGUAAGAAGGUUUCAAGGUACCUGCAGAUGACCAAAAACCAUAUGCUUGUGUAUAAAAGUGUGACAAAGCUUGAAUUAGUUGGUUUUCCAGAUUCUGACUUUGCUGGAAAUUAUCCUACAUCCAUGAAGUCAACCUGUGGCUAUGUCUAUAUGCUUGAAGGUGCUACAGUAGCUUGGAAAACAAUGAAACAAUCAUUAAUAGCUACUUCCACAAUGCAGGCAGAAGUGAUAGCAAUAUAUAAAGGCGUGUGUGAAGGAUUGUGGAUUAAAAGUUUCAUUUUGGAAACCAAAGUGUUGGGUGAUCUUGUUAAUGAAAGUUUGAAAGUGUUUUGUGAUAAUGAAGCUACUAGCAUGGGAGAUUCGUUUGAGUACAGUUAUGUUGUUGAUGUAGAACCUAACAGCAUUCAGAAUGGGUUUCUUUGCAAGAAUGGAUUAGCAAGAGUUCGAGAUCAGGUUUUGCAAAAUCGGAUAUUUCGGGCUACCACUAUAUUUUCUUUUCGGUGCAAUGAUGGGAAUGCCACUUUUUGGCACAACACUUGCCUCGGAAGUGUCCGGAAGAACAUGCUAUCGAUCAUUGGAGCUUCAAAAAGAAAGAAUGAUGGUGCUUUGAUAAUUAUCACUGAGAAGGUAACAAAAUCGAUGAGACAGUGGUGUUCAAGGAAAACACUGGUUAGAAAAGCGGUAAAUGAUGCUGUUCUCCCCUCUGAUGGUUUAGGAGCAGCAAUGAGAGGAAUACUUGCUGGUGUGAUUCAAGCUCAGAGUUUAGGAGGGAAUGCCAAGAUUACUGAGGAUGAAACUUUUUUUGUUGAAGGGGUCGCAAAGAUCUCCAUGAUCACACGAAACUGCAGUACACAUCCCAUGCUUCAGUUUGUGACUAUGAUCAAGAAUCUUCUUGGAAAUGCAAAUAAUAUCCCCAAGGAACUACUCUGGUUCUUUUACCUCUUGGAGCAGAACAUGUCUGAUGAUGAAUUUUGCCGCCAACUCCCUAAGCACCCAUCACUCUACAAGAUAGAGAUCCGUUUAGAUUAUAGGAGUAUUGCUGCCAAAAAGGUUGAAUUCUUGUCCGGCACAAAUCGAACUAACCUUGAGACUAAGUUCAAGUCAGUUCAGAAUAGUAUUCGGCUCAAGAAGGUGAGUAUGAGAUGGGCUGCCAGCUUUCAACACUCGGAGGUUUUGUGGAAACACAACAUUGAAACAGCAUAUCCACAAAAUUCUCCAUUUCGAGCAGCAUUAUCUCCACCUGUUCAUCUAAAUAUCACUGCGUAUAACAAUGAGCCGCUAUCUUUCCUUCGAUAUGGUCGCAAUCUUCAUCAACACCAGGGCAACCUAUCAUACCUACAAAUUGAAGUGGAAUUGACCAAGACGUGGCCAGAUUUUAUUCCUUGCCUUCAUGAGGCUUUUCGAAAAUGUAGCAUUCGUGUUGAUGUUACUGACGAAAUGGAUAAUAUACCACCUUAAGGGGCUAGGAUGUGCAUUCAACUUCUAAUUUAAGUAGAGGUUCUACUGGGUAAGGGACACUGUCCUUGUACCCAAAGUUAGAAUCUAACUUCUUCACUAUUAUAUUUCGGAUAUUGUUCCACCAUGUUUAGGUACUUGUUCUGUGGUAAUUUACUUUGUUUUAUGAGGAGAUUGUGAAAGAAGUAUUGUAAUAUUUGACCAUUUGUUGCGGUUCAUCAUGUGGUGCAUUAUGAUAUUAUAAUGGCCUUUUGAAUA